UUGAACAAGAGAGGCCAGCAAAACAUGCACAAUGACUACGCUGAAAUGACGUUCACGAACAUUUCCUGCAGCAUCUCAUAAUUCAGACCAAACGCACUCGGGAAGUGGAUACAUUUUUUCCCGCUUGCUCUAGGAGAUCUCACCAUCCUCAAGUUAUUUUCUGCCAAACAAUUAAAUACAGGAAAUCCGUUUCAGAUCUACCUCUAGCCUACCAUGUCAGAACCAGGUUCUGGCUGUGGAGUUCCAGCCCAGAGAGGCUCACAGCGGGGUCCAGAGAUGGUCUCAGUGAAGCUGGAGGACUGCAGUCAAACAGUGGAACUCAAUGUGAUUGUCAAAGAGGAGGAGGAGGAGAGAGAAAUCGAUGAGGAGGAAGAGGGAAAGGAGGACAGGGACUCAGGAGAGAGCCCAAACCCAGACUCAGACAACAAGCCCAGUUCCACAGCAUCAAGACUAUCUGGCCGUGGGAGUUACCCCUGCCCCCAAUGUGAGAAGAAUUUCAGUUCCUCAACUAAUCUAAAGAAUCAUCAAAGAGUACACACUAGAGAGAAACCUUUCCGCUGCUCCAUAUGUGGGAAGAGUUUCAGUGAGAAAGUAAACCUUAAGAGACAUAAGAGAGUACAUACAGGUGAAAAACCUUACCACUGCUCUCUUUGUGGAAAGAUUUUCAGUCGAGCAGGAGACCUGAAGACUCAUCAGAGAUCCCACAGUGGAAAGAAGCCUGCCUGUACUUUCAAUGUGAUUGUCAAAGAGGAGGAGGAUGAGAAGGAAAUUGCUGAGGUAAAGAGAGAAGUUGAGGAAGAGAAGGAAAAGAGAGAAGUUGAGGAAGAGGAGGAAACUAGUGGUGUAGUUGACCCAGAUACAUCAAGACUACCUGGUCGUGGGAGUUACCCCUGUCCUAAAUGUGGAAAGAGUUUCAGUUCCUCAAAGAAUCUAAAGAUUCAUCAAAGAGUACACGCUGGAGAGAGAACAUUCCACUGUGCCACAUGUGGGAAGGGUUUCAGUGAAAAAUUCAACCUCACAAGGCAUGAGAAGGUACAUAGUGGAGAGAAGCCUUACCACUGCACCCAAUGUGGGAAGAGCUUCAAUCGUUCUGGAAGUCUUAAGGAACAUCAAAGAGUACAUACUGGGGAGAAGCCUUAUCACUGCUCUCUUUGUGGGAAGAGUUUCAGUCAGCCAGGAAACCUUAAGAAACAUCAGAGAAUACAUACAGGGGAGAAGCCUUACCACUGCUCUCUGUGCGGAAUUAAUUUUUGUUUUGCAGGAAACCUAAAGACUCAUCAGAGAUCCCACAGUGGAGAGAAGCCUUACCACUGCUCUCAGUGUGGAGAGGGAUUCACUCAAUUAAGAAGUCUUAAAAGUCAUCAGAGAAUACAUAUUGAAGGGAAGGCUGCCUAUGAUUUAAAUGUGAUUGUCAAAGAAGAGGAGGGUGAGAGGGAAAUCAAAGAGGAGGAAAAGAGAGAAGUUGAGGAAGAGGAGGAUAAUAGUGGUGUAGUUGACCCAGAUACAUCAACACUAUCGGGUCGUGGUCGUUACCCCUGCCCUCAAUGUGGGAAGCGUUUCCGUUCCUCAAGUAAUCUAAAGAAUCAUCAAAGAGUACACACCGGAGAGAAACCUUUCCACUGCUCCCAAUGUUGGAGGGGUUUCAGUGAGAAAGCAAACCUUAAGAGACAUGAGCGAGUUCAUAGUGGAGAGAAGCCUUACUCCUGCACCACAUGUGGGAAGAGCUUCAAUCAUUCAGGAAGCCUUAAAGAUCAUCAGAGAAUUCAUACAGGGGAGAAACCUUACCACUGCUCACAGUGUGGAAAUACUUUUCGCUUUGCAGGAGACCUAAAGAAUCAUCAGAGAUCCCACAGUGGAGAGAAGCCUUACCACUGUUCUCAGUGUGGAGAGGGAUUCACUCACCUAAGAACUCUUAAAAGUCAUGAGAGAAUUCACGUUGGAGGGAAGCCUGCCUGUGCUUUCAAUGUGAUUGUCCAAGAGGAGGAGGAGGAAGAAGUUGAGGGAGAGGAGAGUGACGUGAAAUAAAGGUGAAGUGAGGAUACAUAGCUAACUAUAGGUCUGGAAAUUCACAUCUAUCCUUGCAAUGGCGUAUUCUGUGACAUCAUGGUCAUGGGCAGCACCUUUGAGGGCUAGCUUCAUCUUCUUUUACUUCUAUGAGUGUAUUGGAACUUCACAAAUGAACUCAACUUGAAUACCACCACCUAAUGU